AUGAAGUAUAUGUUCGACACUCUAAAAUUAAACGGACGCAAACUCGCCAGUUACUCCAAUAUUUGUUCUCCGUUUGCUGUAAAAUAUUAUAAUCUAAAUUAUCGCAGAUUAUACUCUGGCACUAACGACGUUUCUUCCAUGCUUGAGAGGAAGAAUCUCUAUUGGUGGCAGUUUAAACUGUUCUCACUUGUUCUGGCUGGCAUCAGUUCAUCGUACUUGGGAUAUGUUUUCGUCAAAAGUGACUAUGAUUUUGAGCGCUUCAAGGCCAAGUUGGUUUUAAAUUGGAAUUCCUUGAUUUACGACAACACAUUGUCUGUUAAAUACAAAGCUCUGCUUAAUUCACGCUUCGGAACUUGUCUUUCAAAAGAAUUGAACGACGAGUUGUGCAAAUACUUCUUAAAUAUUGACCUCAAGAAAGAGAAUGGGUUUAGGCGCUCAGAUGCCAUAUGCUUCCUCUCGGAGGUGAACAUAGACGAAAAGAACAAAGUAGUCGAAGCGUUUGUUUCAAAGGGCCAGGGGGAGUCCCGGGACCACAAGCUUCUUUCCGGAUGCACGCUGAACGAAUUCGCUCAACUUGUCGAGGCUCUGGUUCUUGAGGAGAGGCUGAAGUCCAACAAUGAAUUUGACAAUCAGCUGCUGGCGAAGUUGGUGGAUAUGAACAUCAAAAAUGAGGUUAAAUUGGACUGCCCCGCCUCGAAUUACAGGAUGAGCAAUCCUCUGAUAAGUGGAGUUGCCAGGAAGAUGUCCGACGAGGUCGCCAAGUACAUCAAGGACCACGAGCACGAGCAGCUGUACGUCGAGCUCAAGGCCGACCUUGAGCGGAACGUUCAGCUGAAGAAGAAGCUCGAGUCUCUUUCCAGGAGCAGGAGGCUCACUGCGGCUGAACACAAGAGGCUGAACUCCAUAAACGAGGAAAUCGCAGCCAUCAACCGGGAGAUGGCCAGACUCAGACACCAGCACAGGAAGCUGUUUUUUAUGUAA